AUGAGUUGUAAGCCUGAGCCUCGUCCAGCUUGCUCUUCUGGACGCUGCAGUGAGCAACGCGACGAAAGAAAGACCAAUGAUGCCUCCAUUCCCAAGGUCCCCAGCCAAGCCCGUUCAGAGAGCAACCGCACCACACAGAGAGCCCAGAAAGAAAACCACGACAGACCCAGCUGUUGCAAAGACAAGCCAUCCCCCUGCUGUGAUAAUUCCUGCCUCGACCGCAUUGCCCUUCGUGAAUGCGAUAAAGGAAGAACUUCAUCACCUAACCAUGCAUCCCCAAAAUAUGCGAGUUCCGGCUGUCACGACCACGACGGUGAGCCAUGCGAGCAGCAUCUUCGUUCCACUCGCAAUAAGUACGCAGCUAUCCUCGAAGCUCUGGGGUGCAUUUGUCGCGCUUUGGUAGAGCUCGGACAAGAAUCUUGCUGCGCACCAUCGCGGGCGUCUUCGUUGCGAAGCGCUCGCCGCUCGACGGAAUCAUCUCGGAGUAUCCUGCGAGUUUCUCUUGGCACGUGCUGCAAAAAUGACGGUAAAGGAUUCGAAAAACGCAGUAACCUGCAUCUAAAAGAGGAAGCAGCAUGCCAAAGAGGCUGUUGUGGUGCUGCCGAAGCCCCUCCUUCUCCUGAUCAGUCUGCUACUACCAAGGAAAUAAAGGGGAGAAAUUGCAACACUGGCUGCUGGACUAAGCCUCAGAUUUCCGAGACGGUCGAGGAGCAUGCAUCAGUUCCAAAAGGAGCAACUGGUAAAGCUACAGGCUGCUCAAAGGGUUGCUGUGGCAAACCCAAGGAACUGACGGAUACAGUUGCCGGAGAAAAGCCAGACAAGCUCGAUAUUCAGGGAGGAAGUUGCUGCAAGAAAUCAGGCCCUUCUGCGUGCUGUUUUCCCAAAGAAAGAUCUAGCGACUCAAUAGAGAUCAGUCAAGAAAUUGGCACCCCUGAUCUGGAAAAAGGCUUCACGGGCAAGGAGCAUGUCAUUUUGAGUAUAUCUGGAAUGACCUGUACUGGAUGCGAAACAAAGCUUAAAAGGGCCCUGGGCACACUGCAGUCGGUGCAGAACCUCAAAAUCAGCCUGGUGCUCUCAAGAGCGGAAUUUGAGUUGAACACCGGUCUCCAGUCACUAGAUGAAGUGCUGAAGCACCUGGGGAAAACUACCGAGUUCAAGUAUGAAAGGUUCAGUAACCGAGGAUCCAACAUGGAUGUUGUCGUGUCCGAUGCCCCUCAUUUUGCUAAGCAAGAUUGGCCGCGUGGCGUGACUGAGGUGACCAUUUUUGAUGAGAAAACCUUGAAUAUUGCAUUUGAUGCGGAGAUAAUCGGGGCGAGAGACCUGCUGACGCAUGGUUGGGGUAGACCUUUGAGCUUGGCUGGUCUUCGUGCCGAUCCAGCUCUUGCAGCUGGAAGCAAACAUGUGCGCCACAUGGGGUAUAUGACAAUAUUGUCCAUUAUUUUGACUCUACCCGUAUUGGUCCUUGCCUGGGCUCCUCUUCCGAAGCGAGAAAUUGCCUAUGGUUCUGCAUCGUUAACUUUGGCGACCAUUGUCCAAAUCGUCAUUGCUGGUCCGUUUUACCCCAAAGCAUUAAAGGCAUUGGUUUUCUCCAAGAUCAUUGAAAUGGAUCUCCUCAUUGUGUUGAGUACAAGUGCUGCGUAUAUUUUCUCUGUGGUCUCGUUUGGAUAUCUUGUCGUGGGGAAAUCACUGGCUACUGGUGAAUUCUUCGAGACUAGCACCUUGCUCGUCACGUUGAUAAUGUUCGGUCGGUAUGUUGCCGCACUUGCUCGCCAGAAAGCAGUCGAAUCCAUUUCAGUCAGAUCACUGCAGACGUCUAUUGCUACCCUUGUCGAUGAAUCUGGGGCCAAUGAACAGGAGAUUGAUGUGCGACUCUUUCAAUACGGAGAUAUUUUCAAGGUCGUCCCCGACUCUAAAAUUCCAACCGAUGGAACAGUUAUUUCAGGAUCAUCUGAGGUUAACGAGUCUAUGCUUACUGGAGAGUCAAUUCCGGUAGACAAAUCACCCGGCUCUGUCGUUGUCGCGGGCUCUGUGAAUGGCUCAGGGACGCUCAUUGUCCAGUUGACUAGUCUUCCUGCUGAUAAUACGAUCUCCACUAUUGCAGGGAUGGUCGACCAAGCAAAAUUGUCCAAGCCGAAGAUACAAGAUAUUGCGGACAAGGUGGCGAGUUAUUUUGUGCCGGCUGUGAUUACUUUAACUAUCAUUACGUUCGGAAUCUGGAUUGCUGUAGGUAUCACAGUACGCAAAUAUUCCGGAUCUCGAGCUACCACUGAAGCAAUAACCUAUGCUAUUACUGUACUCAUUGUUUCUUGUCCAUGCGCUGUUGGUUUAGCAGUGCCGAUGGUAAUCGUCAUAUCCAGUGGUGUCGCUGCUGAGCGAGGUAUCGUCUUCAAAGCUGCCGAUAGCAUCGAACUCGCCUACAGGACUUCACAUGUUGUAUUCGACAAGACUGGAACUCUCACCAGAGGUAAGCUCACAGUUACUGUUGAGCAUAUAAAUCAUACAGAGAAUGCCAUGUCCCUUCUGCUAGGUUUGAUUGGAUGUAACAAGCACCCAAUUUCAGCCGCCGUGGCUGCGCAUCUCCAAGCAAAAGGCAUAUCAGCGUCCGCCAUCACAGACAGCGAGGUAUUAACCGGCAAGGGUGUGGAAGGCAAUUCAUCUGGCCUCAUUUUACGCGCAGGAAAUUCACGGUGGCUCAACCUCUCGUCCAACCCGCAAGUUCAAUCCGUCCUUAAACGAGGGUAUACGGCAUUUUGUUUCACAGUCAACAAUGGUGUUGCCGCCGUCUUUGGCUUAGAAGAUUCGCCACGCCACGAUGCCCUCGAAACUGUCACUAAACUACAAGAGCGCGGUAUAACUACCCACAUUCUCUCAGGCGAUGACGAAGGGCCCGUAAACUCCAUUGCAAGACAGCUCGGGAUCAAAACUGAAAAUGUCCGCUCCCGCUGCUCCCCAAUCGACAAGCAAGCCUACAUCCAAGAUCUUCUCACCAUUGGCCAUCAGGCAUUGCCCAACAAAGCCAAUACAACCAUAUUCAUUGGUGAUGGUACAAACGACGCUGUUGCUCUUGCUACCUCUACAAUUGGCGUGCACAUGAACCAAGACACCGGCAGCGACGUCGCCAAAUCCGCUGCAGACGUUGUGCUCAUGCAACCCAUCCUGCUCAACAUACUGACUUUGAUAAAUAUCAGCGAGAAAGCAGUGCGAAGGAUCAAGUUCAACUUCUGGUGGAGCUUUGUCUAUAAUUUGUUCGCUAUCUUGCUUGGUGCUGGGGCCUUUGUGGAUGCUAGGAUCCCGCCGCAGUAUGCUGGGCUUGGGGAAUUGGUGAGUGUUUUGCCUGUAGUUACGGCGGCGGUGCUUCUGAGAUGGACAAAGGUUUAG